GUUCAUCUGCACAUGCUGUGGGAAGACGUUCUUGGACGCUCUUGAACUGAAGAUGCACGAGGAGCAGCACAGUCUGCAGAAACAGUUCACCUGCUCUGUGUGUGACCAGAGCUUCUCCCAGUCACAUGUCCUUCAAGCGCACGAAAGCACUCACACACGGCUGUACGUUUGUACAAAGUACAGAAAAGACUUAAGCUGUAGAAACUUGCUUAAAGCCUACCAGCUCGUUCACACCAGAGAGAAACCGUUCACUUGUGAGCAGUGUGGAAAGUGCUUCUCCCUGAAGAGCCAUCUUAAAACUCACCAGGUGACUCACACAGGAGAGAAAUGCUUCAGCUGCACAGUGUGUAAUAAGAGCUUUGCCUAUCUCAGUGUUCUUAAGCAACAUCAGAGUGUCCACACAGGGGAAAAACCCCACUGCUGCAACGAGUGUGGGAAGAGCUUUACCCGACUAGGUAGUCUUAAAUCACAUCAAAGGGUCCACACCAAAGAGAAACCGUUCACUUGUGAGCAGUGUGGAAUGUGUUUCUCCAGGAAGAGCAAUCUCAAAAGUCACCAGAGUGUCCACACAGGAGAGAAACCCCACUGCUGCAACGAGUGUGGAAAGACCUUUGCCCACCAAUCAAAUCUUAAAUCUCACCAAAAGGUCCACAGCGGGGGGAACACCGUUCAGUUGCACACGGUGCAGCAGGAGUUUCUCCCAGAAUCACACUCUUCAGAGACGCGUGCUUUCUCACAAUCAGGACUCCAGACUAACAACGUCCCGGGGACAAUAAACAGUGUGUUUGUGAUUAACUGAAAUCAUUCCCGGGACACGUUUAGGACUACUAUUUUUCACGAAAGCCCCGUGGCAUCCAUUCUGUGGCAUCCACCAACCUUCCCUGCUUGUACAACAAUCUCUCUCAGUGCAACAUGUCGUGCUAUUUGAAGAGACUGAGAGCAGUAGAUGGGUAUCUGCACAGACAGAAGACAAGGAAGUGGGUCCUAUUGUGGCAGCAGUAUUGCUAGGUUCAGGUGGCCUCCAUCUUGGAGGUUUUAGCGAAAACGGCAGUAGUAGAAAUUACUAAACUAGUCGACGAUGGGUCUGCUGUUUGGCGAUUGGAGAUGUGCAGACGCCAAAGAGAGAACGAAGCGCUAAAAACGAAGUUACUGCUGAUGGAGGGAGAGCUCAGGGCUGUGCGAGGAUACGGAGUGGGAACGCCAGGCACUUCAGGGGCAGCUGCUGCUAAUGGUGGUGAAGGACCCCUCUGUAAGGAGGAGGAGCUGCACAUGCAGCCCUGCCCUGCAGGAGACCCAAAAAAGGAGCUGCAAGCAGAACUCAAACAGGAGCCAGAGGAGCAGCCUCUCACCCCCACACUCCCCCUGCUGGAGUCCGCAGACUGGGGGAUGGAGCUCCAGGGUGUGUGGAGCGUGGCCAACGGCUUGAGAGUUGAUCAGGAACAAAUUGGAAGCUCGGAGCAUGGAGACACCCGGUUAGAUGAUGACUUCUCUCCUCCGCAUUACACUGAUUCUCAGAGGCCACGCUCGGAGAAGGACGAAGGGUCAGCAUCACACCUUGAGCAGAAACAAAAUGGCUGCCCUCUAGAGGAGACGAGCAUUGGUAGACCAACUGAUGACAUUUCGGCAGAGAUGCCGUUCCCUCUGGGUUCUCCAGGAGAGUGUGAUGGAAGCGCCCCGUGUGAGGCUGGUGCUGACACGUCAGCAGAAGCAAAGAGUCCCUGCAGAACUGAGGGACAGGAGGAGGAGUUCAUCUGCACACGCUGUGGGAAGACGUUCCCGGACGCUCUUGAACUGAAGACACACAAGGAGCAGCACAGCGCGGGGAAACGGUUCAGCUGUUCAGAGUGCGGCAAGGGUUUCACUUCCUCCAGCAUCCUGGAGAAGCACAAGCAGGUUCACAGCAGGGAGAAACCAUUCACCUGCUCUGUGUGCGACAAGAGCUUCUCCCAGUCACACAUCCUCAAAGCUCACAAACACACUCACACAGGGCAGAAACAGUGCGCUUCUGUGGAGUGUGGAAAACGCUUCUCCUCUAAGAGUCAUCUUAAAACUCACCAGGUGACUCACACAGGAGUGAAAGCCUUCAGCUGCACAGUAUGCAAUAAGAGCUUUCUCUAUCCCAGUGUUUUAAAGGAACAUCAGAGAGUCCACACAGGGGAGAAACCACACCGCUGCAACCAGUGUGGGAAGAGCUUUGCCCAUCGUUCUCAUCUUAAAAGCCACCAAACGGUCCACACAGGAGAGAAACCCUUCACUUGUGAGCAGUGUGGAAAGUGCUUCUCCCUGAAGAGCAGUCUUAAAAUUCACCAGAGUGUCCACACAGGAGAGAAACCCCACUGCUGCACUGUGUGCAAUAAGAGUUUUUUCUAUCUCAGUGAUCUUAAGCGACAUCAGAAAAUCCACACAGAAGAGAGACCCCACUGCUGCAACGAGUGUGGGAAGAGCUUUACCACAUUAGGUAGCCUUAAAUAUCAUCAAAGCGUCCACACCAAAGAAAAACCAUUUGCUUGUGAGCAGUGUGGAAAGUGCUUCUCCCUGAAGGGCCAUCUUAAAACUCACCAGGUGACUCACACAGGAGAGAAACCCUUCACUUGCGAGCAGUGUGGGAAGAGCUUUGCCCAUCGUUAUCAUCUUAAAAGCCACCAAACGGUCCACACAGGAGAGAAACCCUUCACUUGUGAGCAGUGUGGAAAGUGCUUCUCCCUGAAGAGCAAUCUUAAAAUUCACCAGAGUGUCCACCCAGGAGAGAAACCCCACUGCUGCACUGUGUGCAAUAAGAGUUUUUUCUAUCACAGUGUUCUUAAGCGACAUCAGAAAAUCCACACAGCAGAGAGACCCCACUGCUGCAACGAGUGUGGGAAGAGCUUUGCCACAUUAGGUAGCCUUAAAUAUCAUCAAAGCGUCCACACCAAAGAAAAACCAUUUGCUUGUGAGCAGUGUGGAAAGUGCUUCUCCCUGAAGGUCCGUCUUAAAACUCACCAGGUGACUCACACAGGAGAGAAACCCUUCACUUGCGAGCAGUGUGGGAAGAGCUUUGCCCGUCGUUAUCAUCUUAAAAUUCACCAGGGUGUCCACACUGGAGAGAAACCCCACUGCUGCACUGUGUGCAAUAAGAGUUUUUUCUAUCCUAGUCUUCUUAAGCGACAUCAGAAAAUCCACACAGGAGAGAAACCCCACUGCUGCAACGAGUGUGGAAAGACCUUUGCCCACCUAUCAAAUCUUAAAUCUCACCAAAAGGUCCACAGCGGGGGGAACACCGUUCAGUUGCACACGGUGCAGCAGGAGUUUCUCCCAGAAUCACACUCUUCAGAGACACGUGCUUUCUCACAAUCAGGACUCCAGAUUAACGACGUCCCAAUGUCCCAGGGUGAUAAAUAAUGUGUUCGGCAUGAACUGAUAUCAUUCCCAGGACACCUUUUUGACAAAAAGUUAAUGCCGGUUGAUUUUAUUUGCCCAUAUGUGUGUUGCUAUUUAUUGUUUAGCGCCAUUGGUGCACCUAGGUACACAUCCAUCCAUUAUCUUAACCCACUUAUCCUGAACAGGGUAGCAGGGGGGCUGGAGCCUAUCCCAGCAUACAUUGGGCGAAAGGCAGGAAUACACCCUGGACAGGUCGCCAGUCCAUCGCAGGGCACUCGCACCUAUGAGCAAUUUAGACUCUCCAAUCAGCCUAACCUGCAUGUCUUUGGACUGUGGGAGGAAACAGGAGUACCCAGAGGAAACCCACACAGACACGGGGAGAACAUCCGAACUCCACACAGAGAGGCCCCGGCCAACGGGGAUUCGAACCCAGGACCUCCUUGUUGUGAGGCGGCAGUGCUGCCCACUGCACCAUCCAUGCCACCCGUAGGUACACAUACUAUAGUUAUUUACGACGGUAAGACUGUUUUAGGCUGUCGGUGUGGAUACAAAAUUUGGAAACACCUCUGGAAAUUACCAACGAGAACAACUAUGACGAGAAUAAAUACAUGUAUAGCUAUAUAUACAACAUUAAGUAGAAUAAACGUAUGAAUUAUAAUUUAUGGUAACUGAAAAUACAGUCAUACAACACUACAUGAUGUUGCUCUGCGAUGAGUUGCCAACAACAUAGCCCUAACAAUUUGCUUUUUAAAUGUACACAAUUUUGUUUUUUUUACUAUAAAAAUACGAAAAGUAUUCUUUUUUCAUAUACAAACAAACAUCCAAAUGUCCUUAUCCAAAUUUGAAAGCAUUUUUACAAAUUAAUUUCUCGCAGAGAUGCUCAGAUGUUUUGACCCGGAAGUCUAGAGAACGCUAAUGAACCAUAGAUCUUUCCAGUGGGAAUGACAGCACGCCUAUCUGAGGCCUAAUGGAUACAACGCUAUCAUGUGAUUGUGUACUUUGUUCUGUGCCUGCUUGCAUGUAGUUUCAGUUAUGUUUGUUGUCUUAAUAGGCCACAGAAGAAGAUUUCUGGAGCUUCUUAUUCGCUUCAUUAAAGAGAUUUGGCUUUGGAGAGUCAUUCAGUGGAUUAAAAUCCUAUAUUACUCGCCCACAGCGUCCAUGAUCACUAACGGUCUUACUUCACAAAGAUUCAUGCUCGACCACGGCACCAGACAAGCAUGCCCACUCUCUCCAGUUUAAUAUGCCAUAUUUAUAGAGCCCUGCUGCCAUCCAACAAAACAAUAACAUUACAGGAAUACAGACUCCAGAUACUUCCCAUAAAAUGAGUUCAUAUGCAGAGGAUAUUCUCCUCGAUCUAGAAAAUCCAAUAGCAUCACUACCAGAAGUCUUCAGUGUAAUAAACACAUUCUCAGAAACACAAGCUGCUCAAGUUGAGGUAUUGAUAUUUUCAAAAAGCAAAGAGCUUGGGGCCUUAGCAGACAUUAUUACCUGGCAAACCACCUUCAAUGUAUUGUAAAACGGCUAUUCCCCAAUUAUCAACAAAACCCAUGGCUGGAAAUAAUACAAACAGAAUACAAAGUCUGUUUUGCUUGGGACUGGAUCAGCCCAAGAUUGCUACUCUAAGAUACAUUCCCCGACCGGGAAUCGAACGUAGGCCACGGUGGUGA